GCAAGCGUCGCCGACCACAGCCCCGGCGCAGGCUCCCGGCGCCAGCUCUCCGCUCAGCCUCUCGCUCUCUCCCCAAAGGUGAUGGCCCAGCCCGGCCCCGGCUGUAAGGCGAGUUCCCGCUGCCUCGAUGGCACCACUCCGUCCAGCAUGGCUCAGCCCGACGGCGAGCCCCUGGCCGGGGCCCUGGACAAGGACGAGGCCCGCUCGUCCCCCAGCACGCCCAGCACCCCGUCCGUCUGCUCGCCGCCCUCCGCCGCCUCCUCCUCCGGGCCGGCCGCCGGCAAGAACAUCUGCUCCAGCUGCGGCCUCGAGAUCCUCGACCGAUACCUGCUCAAGGUGAACAACCUGAUCUGGCACGUGCGCUGCCUCGAGUGCUCCGUGUGCCGCACAUCGCUGCGCCAGCAGAGCAGCUGCUACAUCAAGAACAAGGAGAUCUUCUGCAAGGUGGACUAUUUCAGUCGGUUUGGUACUAAGUGUGCCCGGUGUGGCCGGCAGAUCUACGCCAGCGACUGGGUGCGGAGAGCUCGGGGCAACGCUUACCACCUGGCCUGUUUCGCUUGCUUCUCCUGCAAGCGCCAGCUGUCCACCGGAGAGGAGUUUGGGCUGGUGGAGGAGAAGGUGCUCUGUCGGAUCCAUUAUGACACCAUGAUCGAGAACCUCAAACGAGCAGCUGAGAAUGGUAACGGCAUCACGUUAGAAGGGGCGGUGCCGUCUGAACAAGACAGCCAGCCAAAGCCAGCCAAGAGGGCACGCACAUCCUUCACGGCAGAACAACUGCAGGUAAUGCAGGCACAGUUUGCCCAGGACAACAACCCUGACGCACAGACGCUCCAGAAGCUUGCAGACAUGACGGGGCUCAGUCGGAGAGUUAUCCAGGUCUGGUUUCAAAAUUGCCGAGCCCGCCAUAAAAAGCACACGCCCCAGCACACGGUGCCUCCUUCAGGAGCCCCGCCGUCCCGCCUCCCCUCCUCCCUGUCCGACGACAUCCACUACUCUCCGUUCAGUAGCCCCGAGCGGGCCCGGAUGGUGACCCUGCAUGGAUACAUAGAAAGUCAGGUACAGUGUGGGCAGGUGCACUGUAGACUCCCUUACACUGCUCCGCCAGUGCAUCUCAAAGCUGACGUGGAAGGACCACUAUCUAAUAGGGGUGAGAAGGUCAUCCUUUUUCAGUAUUGACUGCACAAACUCUCCCUCAUCUGUCCAUGGUGAUUCCACAGCUGCCCCUCAGCCACUGAGAUUCAAUAUCUGGUCCAAGACCACAGCGCUCCGCCGCAAACCUCUCCAUUCGCUCCCAUCGACCCACAUCUCCCGGUCAUCUUUACCCAGUCUGGGGACCCCUCCCAUACAAGUGCUCGCUUGUCUACUGCAGCCCCAGAGGCCACAGCGUAUCUCCCAGGAGGUGUCCGGAUCUGGAACACAAUAGAGGCCAGUGAGUCUUCCCAUUCAGAGCUCCUGAAAUUUGGAAACAAAAAUGAAAAAAAUUAAAAGGGAUCUUUUUUUUAAUUGAACCAGGAGUAAUUUUCAACUUAAGUUAAUUAGAAUAAAGAAAGAAAGAAUGAAAUUGUCUGCCACUGAUAAUCACCCAAUUUUUCUUCCCUAUUGGCCUUUGUCUCCUAUUUCCUUGGAACCAUCUUUGAAUGCUGAAUAGUUGACAACACAAAAUGUUAUCCAUUCAGUUCCCUUUGUGUGGGAAACUAUACAGUUUUAGUGGGAAACUCCCCAAAGAAACCCACGUUCUAAUUUUAUCAUUUCCAUCUGUUUGGUUACAUCAAGUUUAAUUCAGAGAAACAAGUGAUUCUGAUCAACUCUUAGAGCCCACCUAGGACGGAGGUACUGAGCUAUCCCAGAUGGAACUCUGAGUACCAAAGACCCAGGGCGACAUACUAGGGAAGGAUUUUUCUGCCUCUGUUCAACUGGGCCCAUAUCCUCUUCCUGGUUCCUGGGAAGGAGCCUCUAGAAAGCUCAGUACGGACAGGGCGUGGUCCUCAGACCACACACAGUGAGACUCCAAGCCGACAGGGGAAGAUGCUUGAGCCACUAGGGAAAGAGAGCCCAAAAGGAUACUCUGCUGGAAAAGCCCAUUUUAACGACAAAAACUCCAACCUCCCUCUGAAUUUUUAUGACCCGUGCACAGAGUUCGGAGCCAAACGGUAUCUUAUAAGAGCGAUGACAUUACUAUUUUGACAGGUGUGGAAUGUGAUGAGAGGGUAGGCGCGGACCUGGGGACAGUGGCCUUCAUUGUGAGUGUCUAGCACAAGUGAGGGAGCCAGAAAGGACUCCAUAUUGACAGUUCAGUCAAGCAAAUGUAGAGGUGGAGCUCUGAGCCCACCAGUCCCAGCCCCAGCCAGCCAUUUCUUCCAGAGAGCCUUGCUGGCGAGAAUGUUUCUGGAGGUACUAAGUACGAGUGCUGUGGGGAAAAUAGGGGUGGGGGGGCAGCAUUAUCAGAGAAGGCCCCAACAUCUGUCAGCAGAGUUCAUCCCCCUCAUGCUCUACCUCCCUUCCUGUGGUGAAUAUAGCUGGGAACACAUCCUUGGCAGGUUUUAACCCUGUGAGUGGAUGGGUCUGGGGGUUUGGACUGAGAGGAAAGAGGCAGCGGCAGCAAGACAGUAGAUGGUGGGGCUGAGGGUGGUCCAUGGUGGUCCAUGGGAUGCUCAGUGUUCAGGAAAGGGAGGCUGCACUGGUUGCCUUGAGAGACCGCUCAGGAGAUGCCUUGGGAGACAGAGGAAGGGCAACAGCGACCAGCUCUAUCUCCUUUCUCCCCUUGCUCACCUUCCUCUUUAUUUCGGUUAUGGCUAUUGUCUCAGAGGAAGGGGUGGGAUGUCCAACAGAGACUAGAAGGACGAAGUCCCCAGAUAUAAUGUUCCCCAGAAGGAACCACCAGUUGAGCUGAAGCUUUCUCUGCCUGGUCAACUAGGGGGCUAGCAAUUUAUUUGGUCAGUUUUCGGGCAGCCAUACAAAGUGAGAUUCAGUGGUUGCUCACUCAGUGAGAGGGCUGGUAAAAAGUCCGUCCCAGGAGUAGAAGCAUAAUGGGCCCAGCCAGGAAUGGAAUUCUGAGUCCGGGGACACAGGAGACGAUUCUGAACCAGCUGGAGGGGUGUGGGGUGACCCCCUUUUCCCUUCUGAACGGGUAGAGAGCUAAGGCCCUGGCCCACACUCGCUCAGAAGAGCUCAUUCCUAAGGAGGGAAGCCAAGAGCAGCUUUGCUAAUUCAAUUUAGAGCUUUUCAGUCUUCAUUCAGUCCCGAACGGUCACCAGAUGAGAAGUUCAGCUUCUACGGUCUUGGGUCGACGGUGAUUAAUGUGGACGGAAAACGCUCAAUUGUACCACGAAUGUAAGGAACUCUCUUAAUUUAUUCUAUUAAUGAUAUAAAUACUUUGUUCCCUGUUGUCUUUCCCCUCCGGGGCUGCCACUGAACAAAACUUAAUCUCAGGUCAUCCCCAUUCAGCUCCCAUCAGUGGUUUGGGGUUGGGGUUUUUCUUUUCCUGUCUCCCUUUUUUCUGUUUAUUCUGCUAUUGUCAAAAUGAAUUCCUCGGAGCCACCCACAGAGGAUUUUUCUGACUUUUCUGAAGCAGGUUUAAGCUUCUCCGGGUGCUCCUGCCAGAAAUGGCCCAAGGAAUGUCCCAAAGGCAAGGGGGAAGGGGUGGGAAACCCUUAAGAGGGGAACCCUGUUCCUUUCCCCUUAGAAUCCAGCAGGAAGCCCAGUGUGAAGGUCUGAUGGAGUGGGGGUCCCAGGCCUGCAUCCCAAACUCUCUCUGCUGAAUUUUGGCUCCCGAUGGUUAAAUCACUGCGGAGGGGGUGGGAGGGACGGCAAACCCUGCACUUUGUCAUCAUGAGCCCCAAUCCCCGAUUCCAACUCGAGCCUUUUCCCAGAGUUUUAUGGUCAUGUAGUCGGAGCUUGCUGCAGUUCAAACAUAUCCCAGUUACAAUGGUUAGAGCAGACUGGGAACGAACAGGCAGUCAAGACUAAUAUUUAUUUAAAAACAAAACAAAAGGACAAAAACCCACAAAAAAACACAAAAAUUGUAAGCACUUUUUUUGUAAAACCAAUGUCUGUUUUGUUACAUACUUUUAAUGUUGUGCUUUGUAAAUGUCUUAUUUGUGUAAUAAAUAAAGUCAAUGCAAGUAGAGUGCUGGCACUUACAUCAAGAAAA